UUAGGUCAACACAGGGCAAGCGAAACUCAGGACGAGAUUAAACAAAAACCCUAAAGUUGGAAGUUUGAGAUUCUGAUCAUUUCCAUUCAGCUUCAAUGGCGACGGAAGCGCCUUCACAAGCCCCAUCCGAGGAUAUACAGUCCCUCUCAAUCUCCGACGCUUCAGUGCAAGAGCCCGGUUGCUCAUCGAACUCUUCAUCAAACCAAUUGAGCUUGGACGAGAAGUUUCGAAUUGUUAGAAGUGUUGGGGAAGAGUGUAUCCAAGAAGAUGAGCUGCGGAACCUGCUGGAGAAGAAGCCUGAACCAGUGUGCUAUGACGGCUUCGAACCCUCUGGGAGAAUGCAUAUUGCUCAGGGAGUGAUGAAGGCAAUAAAUGUCAACAAGCUUACUUCUGCUGGGUGCAGAGUGAAAAUAUGGAUUGCAGAUUGGUUUGCUCAGCUAAACAAUAAAAUGGGGGGCGAUCUGAAGAAAAUUGAGACUGUUGGCCAGUACCUGAUCGAGAUAUGGAAAGCAGUGGGGAUGGAUCUGGAACGAGGCAAGGUCGAAUUUUUGUGGUCGUCCAAGGAGAUUAACUCAAGGGCAUCAGAAUACUGGCCCCUUGUAAUGGAUAUUGCUCGGAGGAACAAGCUUCCAAGGAUAAUUAGGUGUAGCCAAAUUAUGGGAAGAAAUGAGCAGGAUGAGUUGAGCGCCGCCCAAAUUUUCUAUCCAUGCAUGCAAUGUGCCGACAUUUUUUUCCUGAAGGCUGAUAUCUGUCAACUGGGAAUGGAUCAACGGAAAGUAAAUGUACUUGCAAGAGAGUAUUGUGAUGAUAUCAAGAGGAAGAACAAGCCUAUCAUCCUAUCACACCACAUGUUACCGGGCUUACAGCAAGGGCAGGAGAAGAUGUCAAAAAGUGAUCCGUCAUCCUCUAUAUUUAUGGAAGAUGAUGAGGCGGAAGUGAAUGUGAAGAUAAAGAAAGCAUACUGCCCUCCAUUGAUCGUGGAAGGGAAUCCAUGCCUGGAGUACAUUAAGUAUCUUAUUUUCCCUUGGUUCAAGGAGUUCACGGUGGAACGAAGUGCUGAUCAUGGUGGAAAUAAGACCUUCACAAGCUUCGAAGAACUGGUUGCUGACUACGAAACAGGAGUACUGCAUCCUGGUGAUCUCAAACCAGCAUUGUCUAAGGCUUUGAAUAAGAUACUGGAGCCUGUACGAGAGCACUUCAAAAAUGAUAGCAGAGCCAAAGAUUUAUUAAAGAGGGUCAAGGCUUACCGAGUCACCAAGUGAGGAAGAAUGGCCGUGUUUUCUCCUUCCCAAUUUAUGGAUGAAGUGAAAUUAUUGAGGAUCUUAUUUGAUUUUUGCUCUUUUACGGUCAAUUUAGAACUUUUAAAGCUGCUUCUAUACUCUAAUGGGCACAGAUACGAGCGUCAAAACUCAUGUUUAUUCUUGAGCAACGAGAAAAUGAGAAGUUUCUAGUGAACUAUGAGGACUUGUGUGUGUUCCACUUAAAUUAGUUUGUAGCUUAAGACAAAAGCUGGCGUAAAUUUGAAAGUAUGACUGUGAUGCUACAUUUUGAUUCAAUAAAAUUUAGAUUUUGGUUA